UUGAAUUUGUGCUUGUAUUGUUUCGUCUGAUUGUAUUAAAACUUAUGUUAUCGGUGUGAAUAAAGUGAAAACAUGAAUAACCCAUGCAUCAAACAAGAAGAACAUUUAAAAGUAUACGAUAAUAUUGUCAAUAGAGAAAUCUUUGAGGACAGGGCUAUUGCUGCACUAACAUCAGAAACCCUACUGAAACUAAACAUUAGCCUCGAUAGGCUGCCGCGCCAAAGUCGGAGCCUACUCGAAAACGUGGCUGAAAACCAAAAAGCGUUACAUCUGCAAACAUUAGAUCCAAUAUCAAUAUCGUUGUAUAGAUCGAGGGAAUUGUCAGAAAAACUCGAAGACGAGUACGAAUUACUCGGACUCAGGCAGAAGAAUACAGAGUUGCAAGCGAAAAUCGAUCGCAAUGAUCGAUUCAUAGCGAAACUGAGAAACGAUUUGGAAAGUUCUAAGCGGAAUCUGUCUAAUCAGAACCCAAAUCCGGAUAACAUACAUGAGUUCAUCAGACAGUUGAAACAGAAGUUGACCGUUUAUGAAGAAAGCUAUGGUUUAGCAAAGAACAAAUAUUUAAGCCUGAAUGUACCAGAAGCAAUUCUACCGAAAUCGCUCAUGUCGCAGAUAGCUUCGCUUGAAGCGCUAAGCGAGGAAGCGGCCGCGUUAAAAGCGCAAGCGGAUGACGUCAUGUUCAUGAGAGAAACUAAAGCUAUUCUGACAAAACUACGACGAUGAAAUAGAUGUUUAAGACAACUAUUUAAAAUACACCCUAUGCGGUGCUCAUGUACUAUUUUUCUGAAUAAAAUAAGAUGAAAAGCCAA